GAAGAAUAUCCAUCCUUGAGAAGCAGCAAGUGGAUUUCAUUCAGGAUUUUUAGCGUGACGCUGCCACUUUUCUUAUUAACUGCCAGCCAGAAGCUGCUCUGCUGAGUCAGAGAGACCAAAAUGGAUUUUAUCUUUGAUGACAUACCAUGUUCUUCCCAGUCCACGCCUCAGAAACAUCAUGAACAGUCACAAAUGUCAGAAGAUACAGACAGCGAUAGAUCCAGAGACAAGUCCUCAAAUGUGAGCAUAACCGAGAUUCAAGAGCAGCACAGAAGUGUAAGCAUAGAUGACAUCAGCAGAAGAGCACAGGAAAUGGUGGAAAAAAUUAACCAUAGCCGCACCAGUGACCAGAAAGUGAUGGAUAGCUUUCAGGAGAAAUUAGUAGAGAAGGUGGAGGCGAUGUGCCAGCACAUGAAGGAGCACAUGUUCACCGUCUACGAGAAAAACAGCGAUGAGAUGCAGGUGAAGCUACAGGAACUGUCAGAGGUGCUGGAAAGCUGCUCUAAGCUGAACUGUGAGCUCCUGGAGGCCAACCAGGCACUGGCACAUCUCAGAGAGGGUCUGGACAUUAGCCAGAGCUAA